UUCUCACGCUUUUCUUACUCGUUGUCCUUUCGCUCAGUCUCUCUCUCACUGGCUCACACUCAGAGGCGCGUGAUUGUCAGUCUCCGGCAGAUCAUAGCGUACGUCUCCGUUACCGGCCCUUGCUAAGACGACGAUCAGCUUCUCUCUCUCUCUCUCUCUCUCUCAGGAUGAGUUCAAGUCGAGGUGGUGGCAAUCCCAAAGGAAAGCAUGUCUCUGAAGUCAAUAGCCUUAAGGUUGAGCAGUUGAGUCAGGAUAUAGGAGAAAUUGACCUGGGCUCAACGCAAGAUGAUGGAAACUGGGAGGAGGUAGUUGGCAGGAAAUCGAAGAACAGGGCUGGAAGUACUACUGCAAAAUCAUGGGGUUCUCAAAGUUCUACUUCUAAAUCUUGGGGACAGCAAGAUGCUCAGAAGCCAAGUAUGCGGAGCAUUGGUGGAUCAGCACGGGCUGCUGGGAAUGCCUGGACAUCACAAGCUGCUGAUUCUAGAAAAUCGGCUGGGAGAGGAAAUGUCUGGCAGCAGUCUACUGCUAGGAGUUUUGAUAAUAGGUCUGUGGCCCCGCAGCAUGUAAUUCCUCCCCCACUGGACCAUGGAUGGAACUGGCAGUCUAGGGCUGGUUCCACUCAACCUAAGGGUCCUGAAGAUGACAAGAACAACUAUGUGGAUGAUGAUGGGGAUGAAUUAUCUGAUGCUGAUGGUGAUUCUGAUGAUGAUCUAUCUGAUGAAUUUGACUCGGAUGCAAGUGUAAAGAGCCAUGGAACUAGAAAGAAGAAUCGGUUGCUCAAGAAAUUUUUUGAGGUUUUGGAUGGCUUAACUAUUGAGGAGAUUAAUGAUCCUGUGAGGCAGUGGCACUGUCCUGCUUGCCAAAAGGGUCCUGGUGCCAUUGACUGGUACCGAGGGCUCCAGCCCCUCAUGACCCAUGCGAAGACUAAAGGUUCAAUAAGGGCGAGGCUCCACAGAGAGCUUGCUGAACUUUUGGAUGAGGAGUUACGGAGGAGGGGAACUACAGUUGUACCUGCUGGUGAAGCAUUUGGAAAAUGGAAAGGUCUAACAGUUGAGGAAAAGGAUCAUGAAAUUGUGUGGCCACCAAUGGUUAUUAUUAUGAAUACCUGGCUUGAACAGGAUGAUAACGACAAGUGGAUAGGCAUGGGGAAUCAAGAGCUGCUUGACUACUUCAGCUCGUAUGCUGCUGUGAGGGCUAGACACUCUUAUGGACCACAGGGGCACCGUGGCAUGAGUCUCCUAAUAUUUGAGUCAUCUGCAAGAGGUUAUUUUGAGGCGGAGCGUCUGCACAGGCAUUUUAUAGGGCAAAGGACAGACAGGGAUGCUUGGGAUCGUAGUAGUCGUGUCUUAUUUCAUCCAGGAGGGCAGCGUCAACUGUAUGGGUACAUGGCAAUGAAAGAUGACUUGGAUAUAUUUAACCAACAUUCCCAAGGUAAAGCCAAGCUGAAGUUUGAGAUGAGGUCAUAUCAGGAGAAGGUUGUGAAUGAUCUUAGGCAAAUGAGCGAGGACAAUCAACAGCUUAUCUGGUUGAAGAACAGGGUUGUUAAAGAACAGAGGCAUGCAAAAGCUCUUGAAGAGUCUCUUGGUAUUGUUAGUGAGAAGCUCCGCAAAACAACAGAGGAAAAUCGUAUUGUAAGACACAGGACCAAAACCCAACAUGAAGAAACUAAGGAAGAGAUGUAUGAGCAAGAACAAUUUUUCAAAGACCAAAUCAAAAUCAUUCAUGAAUCAAGGGAUGCUAAGGAAGAAGGUUUUGAGAGGCUGCAGCAGGAGCAGCGUGAGAAGGUGAAGCAGUCACAUGGCCAGCCUUCGCUUGACAGGUUGGUGGAAAUUGCCAACUUCAUCCAGUGCCAAGAGAAGGAGAUGGAGGAUUUUGUGGCAGAGAGGGACAUGCUGAUAAAAGUUCAUGGAGAGAACAAGGCUGCAAUGAAGCGGAGGCACUGGGAGGAGGAGGUCGGUCUGGAGGAAGAUUUCGAUGCCAAAUUAACCCAGCUCAUGGAUAAGUACUCCAAGGUUCAGCCUGAAGCAGCUGCGAACUUUGAGGGGUGAGAUAUAACUAGAGACUGCAUUUUAGGGUGGAGAGAACCAGCAACAACUAGUCAGAAUGAAACUUUAGGGCAGUUUUUGAAAACUUGUGUGUUCUGGUUGAUGAUAGCUUCACAGAGUUUUACAGAAAGCAAAAGGCUAAUUAGCAACCAUCUAAAUAGUAGUAUGGAUAUUGUGGUUGCUUAGCGUUGAUGGGUAUGUUAUUGAACCAUGGUAUGGUGCUAUCCUUAUCCUCAUUGAAAUGUUUCUUCUCUC